AUGCUGAAGUUCGUGACCGUGUUUUGCGUACUGGCCUGGGCCGGUACGGCUGUUGGGCAGGAAAUUCCACCGUACAUCAAACAAUGUCGCCGCUCGGACCCUGCCCUGACCGACUGUUUGAAGGAAGCCUUACAGCAUCUGCGUCCCUAUCUAUCCAGUGGCAUCCCCGAGAUAAAGUUACCCUCCGUCGAACCGUUCGUGAUGGAUCAACUGUCACUGCAGCUCACCGGUGGACCUCAAGGAUACCGGAUCAACUUGAAAAAUAUGGAAGUGUUCGGUGCGAGCAAUUUUACCGUCCGGUCGAUAAAACUGGCCGACGGUAGCAAACCGUUCGAGGCACGGCUGACCAUUCCCCGGUUGACGAUCCAUGCCAAAUACACCAGCAGCGGCGUGUUGAUCAUCAUUCCUGCGAGCGGAUCGGGCGAUUUCGAUGCCGUGUUCGACGGUGUAACGGCCGACGUGAAGGGGCUGGUGUCGACGAACGAGAAACCGACGGGAACGCAUCUGCGCGUCGACAAGCUCGAUCUGAACCUGUCGAUCAAGAAGCCACGCCUUAGCGUUUCGAAGAUCUUCAACAACAAUCGCAUUCUGACCGAAGCGACGAACCUUUUCCUGAAGGAGAACGGACACGAGGUACUGCGUGCGUUGCAACCGCAGCUGCAGAAGAAACUUUCCGCUGAAUUCACUGGCAUCGCAAACCAGCUGCUGGACAACGUACCGCUUCGCUUCUUCAUCGUAGACUAA